ACUUGACGUGCGUUCCGUCGCUGUCCCAGUCCACGUAAAACUGUUUCACGUCGUCGCUUUUCUGUGUCUCGUUGUGUUGUGUGUGUGUUUCGUGCUGUGUUUGGCGAAAAGAGAUUUCGUUGUGGUGUUGUCCCUGUGGAAUAUGGGAUUUGUGUGACGCGGUAUGACCGAGAAGGAGAUAGCGAAAAUCGAGAGGAUUGUAGACCGGAUAUUGCCUAGAAGGAUGAACUCACCGGGCAAGGAGCAACCGGACCCGGACGCCAUCAAGAUGUUUGUCGGGCAGAUUCCACGCUCGUGGGACGAGAACGACCUUCGAAAAAUGUUCGAGGAGUUCGGACCUGUCUACCAGAUCAACGUACUUCGAGACAAGGCCACGGGCACUAGCAGAGGCUGCUGUUUCGUCACUUUCUACACUCGCAAAGCUGCCCUGGACGCUCAGAAUGAAAUGCACAACAUGAAGACACUACCUGGGAUGCACCAUCCGAUACAGAUGAAACCAGCCGACAGUGAAAACAGAAACGAACGCAAGCUUUUCAUCGGUAUGCUGUCAAAGGAAUGCAACGAGAGCGACGUCCGGGUCAUGUUUUCACCCUUUGGUUCCAUCGAGGAAUGCACUGUGCUCAGGGAUGCCAACGGACAGAGCAAAGGUUGCGCCUUCGUCACAUACUCGAGUCGGCAGUGUGCCAUCAACGCCAUUAAGACCAUGAACCACUCGCAGACGAUGAAGGGCUGCAAUAACCCGAUGGUGGUGAAAUUUGCGGACACGCAAAAGGAGAAGGAGCAGAAGCGACAACAGCAAGUGAUGUCUAACCUGUGGUCCAUGGCCAGCUUCGUGAACCUCGGGGCCGUCGCCCCACAAUAUCUCGCUCAAGCCACACAGACGGGGGCUUUCCCGAGCUUCGCCAAUCUUCCUCAGUUGAACAGUGGCCUAGGUUCUUUGAAUGUCCAGCAGCAACUAGCAGCCCUGGCAGCUCAGGCUUCCGCCAACAACACCAACACAGGGUUAAACUCUUUGAGUCUGCAAGGACUAGCCGGACAGGGAGUGACAGGGGCGUUACCCCUUACAAAUUCAGCCACAAACUCCACAGACUUAAACUGUGCAAACCUACAAAGUCUCGCAGCGCUAGCCAACUUGGCCAAUAGCCCGGUGCAUCACUCCAUAGUGGAGUCCUCCCUGACCCCCCCUUGCUUGGUUCUGACGGCCGAUCGCACCACAGGUCAUCUGGAACACUAUCCAGGGAUCAAUCCUAUGAUGGUGCAGAACUUGGCCGCGCUUGCCGCUGCCGGAAGUGGAAACAAUACUACAGCUGGUAUACCAGGCCUUUCAGCAACAGGCAAUGUAUCUGGCAGUACUUCGAGUGGCAACUCCUCACUAAGUGGUGUGAGUUCCUUAAGUCCCGUCUCAAGCAUGUCUCUUGGGAUGAACACCACCUCUCUCUCCACAAUGGGUGCGCUCACCAACGGCUACCCAUUCUACCCGUCUGGGCUAUGGAGUUCCGGCCAGACAUGUUUGCAACCACAGUCGGCAGUGCCCUCCACAAAAAACCUGGGCAGUGCAGCAGGGCUGACUGCCAACGGGCCCAGCCUGGACGCUCUGGCGCAAGCCUAUUCUGGAAUGCAGCAGUAUCCCUCUUCGCUUACUGCUGUCCCAGGAGCGUUCGCACAGAUAGGACUUCAACAGUCGCAAAACCCUGUAGGGAAGCAGGUUGAAGAUAUCCCAUUUCAAAUUUCAGGGCCAGAGGGUGCCAAUCUGUUCAUCUACCACUUACCGCAGGAAUUCACGGACAGUGACCUGGCACAGACAUUUAUGCCUUUCGGCAAUGUCAUAUCUGCCAAGGUCUUCAUCGACAAACAGACAAACCUCAGCAAGUGCUUUGGUUUUGUGAGCUAUGACAAUUCACUGAGUGCGCAAGCAGCCAUCCAGGCCAUGAACGGCUUCCAAAUUGGAACCAAGCGUCUCAAAGUUCAACUAAAGAGGUCAAAGGAUGCAAGCAAACCUUACUGAGCCACCAACAACUUGACAUUCGUUGGCCCGUUGUCUCCUGUCCCUUGUCCAUUUGAGGAAUCAAAACUCACGUAGCCCUACACAUGUGAAAGCAAAGCUGCAUCGUGUCUGUGUUGGCAGUGUGGUGUUGUCAGCGACGCUGCUUUGCAUCGUUAGAGAACGUAGUCCUGUUUUUUUUUUCUUCUUCUUUUUACGUGUUCUUCACCAAUGUGAGACUGCACUAAAGACGGAGCUAAUUAGACACUGCAUUUGCUGAAACAUAAGAGCAAACGUUUUGCAUCCGGAUGACGAUAGGUUAGUGGGUGAGAUGUCACCUUAUGUGCCAGAAAAUGUGGUUCUUCUUUUUCCUCUCAUAGCCUCGAAACUAGGGGCUAUACUUUGUUUAGUAUUCAUGUUGUUGCAUACUAAGGGUACAGGAGGCCUUCCUGAAAGGCAUCAUGUGACAUGGUUUCUUAUAUUGUGUAACAUAUUUUUGUGCGUUACCACGUGACGUGGCAACUUCCAAACCGAAUGUUCUCUCAAUUAAGGUUGGAGGCUGCUGUUGCUUUGUUUUUUGUUUUUUUUUUCUUCUUCUUGGUACAUUCUGCUUCAUUUGCCUGGGGUGUCGUUUUUUUUUUUUUUUUUAUUUAGCUGCAUAGGUGUUUCUGUAGGCUUUGAUUUGUAACCGUGAGUGUGAUUUGUUGAGCCAUGUUUUCUUUCGGUGGUUGCCGUGGAAACGGCGUACAUUAUGUUUCAGACAGCCACCUGGGUGGCAGCUGUACCUUUCGUUACGUGUUUAUAUGUUGGCAUGCCCAAGCUUGUGGGGCACCUUGUCCUUGCUUUUGCCUCCAUGGGUUAAACCUCGCGAUAAAUUGAGGAUGUUCCGUGCAUGAGCUGGAACGUACCGUAGUAUUAAAAAGCGCGCAAAUUGCAUUCUGCAUCUUAUUGCAGUUUUCUCUCAACUUUUCUACAAAGAAAUGACACCGCGACAGUUUUGAUGAGAUUUCAUUUUAUACAAGAAAAUAAGGUGUCAUGUUUCCCACCAAAAAAAAUAAGGUGCCCUAUUUAUGCUGGUGUCUGACAAACUUGGUCAAGGUCAGGUGUCAAGGUCAGUGAAAUCUGUGCUGUGGAAAAUGUGAAGGAUGAACUGUUCAUGGCCUAAAGCUUAAGUUUGGCUGUCCAACAAUUUCCUUUUUCCCAAUUUUUAUUUUUUUUUUGCUUCUUAUCCUAUUCUCUCUCUCUCGUUCUUACUCUUUCUUUUUUUUCUUCCAUGUGCACGCGGAAGUAAAAGCACGAGGAAGGCACAAAACUUUCUACGUACUUGCGUGAGCACCAGGGUUGAUUCACAAAAUCGCUAUACGGCCGUAUUUAACGUUGAAGAUGAUGGCGUAGCAUUUACAUUAAUUAAUCACCAGUAUUUCUGCGCUACGUUUCUUUAUUUUUUUGUAGCAUGAUAGCACCCUGUAAUCACUAAGCCCGUGUGCAUUUGAGCACAACAACUGCCAGGAAUCUAAGAGCACCAGAAGAGAAAUGACAAAAGCGACCAAUAAUCAUACAGCGAUCAACAAAGGAUAGCACACGGUAUUGUUGCCUUAAAUCUUAAUGUCUUUAGACCAGAAACUGUAUACGUUUGUUUCGUUUCUUGUUUAAACAUUUAACUUGAACAUAUGACAGGUUAGAUUGAACCACUGUACAGGACUUGCUUGAGUGUUCAAAAAAAAAAAAGAUCAUUUUGUAAAUGUCCGCUAGAGAGAUGUUUAUCUUAUGUGCACGGAGAACAUGUCAUAAUGCCUGCAUUUAGAUUGUAAUGAGAGCACAGCUAGUGGGGAUGUGUUUUUGACCCAAAAAUGCAGUAUUUGAAGAAAAUACUUUGUGUAUACUUGUCCCUCACUAGACAAUAUAAUAUGGCUCUGGUUAAGGGACUGAACCUUGGAAGUUUUGCAGGGAACGAAUGAAAGAUGGGGUUUUUCUUUGUUUCACUCUGCUUUUCACAUGUGGCACCUAUGAAAUCAAUUAAUUAAUUCGUGUUCCUUCGUCCACGAUUGGGCAACGCAAAACGAAAGCUUUUGACCAGUGAACGAACAAUUCUUGUUUUUAAAAAUUUGUUCUCGCAUCUACGACGUCUUUGUUUGCCGGCUUUGUUCGAAAAGUGUGUAAAAAAAAAGCUGUAUCAAAAGUAAUUUUAACUAAUUUGCCCUAUUUUUGCCGUCAUUGACUCCGAGGCGUACCUUUAGGGCAGAAGCACCAUUAGUGUCCGUGGAUUUGCCCUCUUUUCCUGAAAGGGCCUUUUUUUACAAGAGUGAGAGACUUUUCUAAGCGGUGGCAUAUAUAGAUGACAUUUUCGGAUGAAAAAAAAAAAAAUCUGUUUGUAUCACGUUGUAGUCGUACUUGUGCAGUGUGACUGUCAAUCCAUGGUGUGCCAAAUUGCAAGUUUGCACGGCAGAUGUGUGUGUGCCCGAUAUUUUCACACUCGGAUCACAUAUUCUGCACUAUUUGCCCAACACCGUAAUAACCAUGAGUUCUGCUUGGCUUUGUUUCCUCUUUGGAGGAACGCGGAAACAAGUUUAAUGCUGCACAUUAGCUGGAAUGUAUGUAUGCGGCUUAAUUUGAAAAAUUCAGCAAAGAGUUACACAUUUUUUAUGUCAUUGUAACUAGAUGUGUCGGAACAUGAGCCACAUUAUUUGUUUCGUACCGCGGUAAAACAGACGAUAAAAGUGCAGGAAACACUUUCGGACCUUUGGGAUAAAUCCUCCCACAUUUUGUUGCACGUGCAUUCUCGAAAGACGAUAGAACAUUUCUCAAAGUAAAUACCUAAAGUGACAAAUUAUUAUAAUAUUUAGGAAUUAAUUUAAAAUUAUACAGACAACAGCUCAGUUUUUAAAACGUAAAAUGACAGAGGUUUGUUCUACAUACGUAGCCCCCCCCCCGCCCGUUGAGGAAAAUCUCAAAGCACCCUCCUUUUUCGACGGUCGUCACUGACACGGUCCUCAUUCACCACCUUCACAAUACGCAAAGAUUUUUGCAUCUUUUACGCCUACCCCUGUUAUGAGAUGAUAGCUGCAGAAAAUCACACACACGAAAUUCUGUCUCUCUUUAUUAGCUUAUCAUUACUUUGUAUCGUUGAUACGUGAGCGUUGACUUGACAUUGUAAAAGCUUGUCUCAACUGUGGUUGCUGUCCCAUGUUCUCCUUUAUUGGUGUGUCAACGGUGUAUUUAAUUUCCUGGGCCUGCUCAGAGAGGUAGUCCCAUAGACGAGAGAAAAUAGUCAUAUAGAUUCGUGAGCUACAGCACGACCUCUUUUUUUUUUUUUUUCUGUGUGUGUGUGCGUGUUUUUGUGGAACCAUACAAUGUCAUGGUAUGUUUGCUGCAACCUGUUUGUCAAGAGAAGCUAUGUGGAUUAAUAUAAACAAAAAAAAGACAGUAUCAAAUUAAAUGUAACACAAAGUUUGUUAUUUUUGUACCUGACAGAAUGCCGAACAUGUGGCGUUUUUUCUUUUUUUUUUUUUUUUUUUAAUUAAGACACGACUGUGAGUGACCGGGUACUGAAGCAGGCAACGACUAUUUUGUAAAGGUGAUCUGGUGACCGACAAUUCUCUGCUGCCACCAGGCGGGGCGAGAGUCUAAUGAUGCAUCUUCAGAGCAGGCAAUGUUGCGAGCGGUGACAAUUAUCCCGCGUUGUCAUCUCGUCCCGGUGUACCGAGCGUCUGCUACGAAUGUUUGUGGCUGAACGUUGUCUGCUUCCACCGUAUUUGGCCACACCUAAAAUGUGCGUUAGCAGCACACUGAAGAAGGUAUUGAAUUUUUUUUUUCUCUCUCUCUCUCUCUCUCUUUCUUCUUUAUCAAAAAAAGGUUGUACGAGACUAUUUUUUUGCUCAGAGGCAUACCGACGGGGUUCACUUGAUGCAGCACAUCCCUUCUAGGUAUGAAUUUGCUGUGGUUACACUUAGAUUUUGGUUACAUUUUUGGAUCUAAAGUGUGAUGGAGUGAUAUACUUAGUAACACUGGCAAUUGAUGAUGGUUUCAUAUUAUCCAUCCGUUGGGUACGAUGUAUUUUCUCCCCCUUUCGUACGGAAAAAAGAUUUCUCUCUCUUUUGCGUGUCAUCAUAGUUACCUCUUGUUAAGUGCCGAUUUCCAUCGAGGGUUUACCAGAGUUUAAUAAAUAAAACACUCAAAUUUAA